ACGCUGUUGUCCUAUGGUAGUAGAGGAUAAAAGUUGGAACUUCGGCUCCGGAUGUUGAUUGGGCCUUUGGACACAGAGCCUACUCUCCUGCAAGCCUGCAUUUUAUUGGCCUGGGCAAACCUGGGCCUCCAAAUUGUUCACCCCUUUCAAGCUGCGGGGAAGUUAGACCAAUGAGAAGCGGUGACACAAAGCGGCGGCGGAAGCAAGGGGAAGGCCGGCUGCGAGACGGCUCCUGAUUGGCGAUUUGGUAACAGCAGGAGCAUUGUGAGCAGCUGAUGACCAAUGAGGAGCGCGGAGAGAAAAGUGGGUUUGGCUGCGCCUGGCGCCACCAAAGUGGGUGCAGGGAGACGGCGGCCAUUUUGUUUCGUCAGACGCCGCGGCAAGAGAGAGGAAUUUUCUUUAUAGAAUCCAAAGUGUCCUUUUUUUUACCUUUUGCCAAUCGGUUGGAGCGGUGCACUUAUUUAUUUUUUCCUUCACGUGGCCUCCCACAUUACUGAGCCGUUUUUUUCGGUUGGUGGUUGUGCAUUUUUAAAAGAAAUUAAGAAAAUAGUUUUAAUUUAAAUAAACGGGAAUGAGUUCGCUGGACGUGCGGAAACUAAAAGUGAACGAGCUCAAGGAGGAGCUGCACAGACGCGGCCUUGACACAAAGGGCCUCAAGGCGGAUCUGCAGGAGCGGCUGCAGGCAGCUCUGGACCGUGCCGCUGAGGAAGAACAAGAAGCAGCCAAAGCCGCCGCCACUGCCGAACAGCGACGACAGGAGGAGGCGGAGAGAGCGCGGGCAGGUGAUGUGCUCAAUGUUCGAGAAACCAAUUAUGGUGGAGAUCAGAACUCCUUCAAUCAGUAUGAAAACCAAGGUGGUGAUGUUGGAAGGCAUGAGCAAGGAACUACCGAGAGAACCUUUGAGAAGCCACCCAUCGAGCAAGCAACAGCACCAUUGAGUAACUCAGAAUUGCAGCCCGUUCAAGUAAAGGAGGAGCAUGCAGAUCAAAGAGACAUCAAACAGGAGACGCAGAUGAACAGAAAGAGACCAUACUCUGAUCAAGGACAUGGAUAUUAUGAAUACAGAGAGGACAGGAGUUACAGCCGAGCAAAAUCUCCCCAGCCACCUGCAGAGGAUGAUGAGGAAGACUUUGAUGAAUCAUGUGUGACUAUUGAUACCUAUAACUGUGAUCUGCACUUUAAAGUGGCUAGAGACCGCUUGAGUGGCUACCCCUUGACUAUUGAAGGAUUUGCAUAUCUGUGGUCAGGAGCACGAGCAACAUAUGGGGUCAACAAGGGGAAAGUUUGUUUUGAAGUUAAGCUUUACAUGGAAGAAGAUGUCUGUGCAAGUUUGAGAAAAAAGAAAUUACAAAAGUUCUAUUGCAAGAACUAUGGUAACUGGCAUAGUUUAUUUUAA